UCAGGACCCUGUGCUGGUAUGCUGUCACUCCAACCAGCUGAUCGAGUCCGUAACACCGAGCCCGUAUCGUAUGAUUUUCUUCUGGAUCUUGAAGUAGCGCGUGGUAAUUAGGGAAAUACAGGAAUAUUUUGCUGGUCACUCGGGAGGAUGAACUGGAAUUCCGCUGUUUGGCUCUCUCCACCUUGGGGCUGAUUUCUCUUCACAUCUUGAUCAUGUCUCCAGUCUACUCACCCCCCAAAUACACGACUGGCUCCACCCUCUUAAGCCCAUACAGUUCCUAUGACCCCUGCGAUCCCACCCUGGGAUAUAUUGUCCGAGGUCAACCCCAGCUUUCCAGGUAUGCUCCUUCCACCUCCCGCUACCUGAACCCCAGCCCUUGCCUCGCCCGAGGCGUCCCGUUCUUUCCUCAGGAGCCUGAACGUGGGCAAGCUGCACCCCAUUCUGAGUCCCACGUUGGCCGCCGGAGUGAAAGCUACAGUAGGAUGCAGGUUAAAGGUCAGAUUCCCCGAAUUAAUUGGCAAAGGGGCCGUUCACCUACAAGGACUGGACAUAUCUGCACAUCUCCCCUAUCAAGGCAACGUAGGUCGGUCAGUCAGUCAGACCUGAUGCGGGAGCUCGCCACACUGGAGAUCUGUGACCAAGGAGCAGUGGAGAGAGGAGUGUACACAGUCAAAGAGAGCAUGAUCAGGGGACGGACAGAUUACUCAGGGCCUUUCUACUGGAGCUCAGAGAACUCAAAGAAUGCUCAGGGUCUGGUGGGCCUCAGGAAUCUAGGAAAUACUUGUUUCAUGAACUCCAUUCUGCAAUGUCUAAGCAACACUCAUGACCUGAGGGACUACUGUCUGCGUAACUCGCACCGCACUGACCUCAACAACAACUGCAGGGCCAAAGCUGCUCUGAUGGAGGAGUUUGCCAAGCUCACUCAGACUCUUUGGACAUCAGCUAGCAGUGAGGCCAUCAGCCCUUCUGACUUCAAAAUGCAGAUCCAGAAAUAUGCCCCUCGAUUCGUUGGUUACAAUCAGCAGGAUGCUCAGGAGUUCUUGCGGUUUCUCCUGGAUGGACUCCAUAAUGAAGUAAACAGAGUGAUAGUGAAACCAAGAGCAUCCAUGGAGGACUUUGAUCACCUCUCGGAUGACGAGAAAGGCAAGAGAAUGUGGAACAAGUACCUGGAGAGUGAGGACAGCAAAGUAGUCGAUCUGUUUGUUGGUCAGCUGAAAAGCUCAUUGACAUGCAGCGAGUGUGGCUUCUGCUCAACUGUGUUUGAUCCGUUCUGGGAUCUAUCCUUGCCUAUCACUAAGACUUCAGGAGAAGUGAGUUUGAUCGAUUGCCUCCGACUUUUCACAAAGGAGGAUGUGCUAGAUGGGAAUGAGAGACCAACAUGCCACAGAUGUAAAACCAGGCGGAAAUGCACGAAAAAAUUUACCAUUCAGAAAUUUCCUAAAAUCCUGGUGCUUCAUCUGAAGCGUUUCUCUGAGUGUCGAGUGAGAACCAGCAAACUCUCCACCUUUGUAAACUUCCCCCUCAAAGAGCUGGACCUCAGGGAAUUUGCCUCUGAUAACAGUGUAAAUGCAGUAUAUAAUCUGUAUGCUGUUUCCAAUCACACUGGUACAUCUUUGGGUGGCCAUUAUACAGCAUAUUGCCGCAGUCCCUGUACAGGAGAAUGGUACACGUACAAUGACUCCAGGGUGAGCCCCAUGUCAUCCAGCCAGGUGCGCAGCAGCGAUGCAUAUGUGCUGUUCUAUGAAUCGGCGACCUCUUCACGCAUGUGAUUAAGCCUGAAACAGACAAGCCUUGGAUAAAAUGAACCCUUUUGCUGCUGUUGAACUACAUAUUGGUCAGGGUCUACAUGCUUGAAGGACCAUGGGACUUUAUCCCAGGCCUAUUAACCAAGGCCAAACACAAACUGGAAUUAAAUUAUGAUCGUGGCUUGUGAAGUGGAUUGAAGCCUGGGAUGAGUGUUUGGUCUAAGCCCAGAUUAAGCUUCACCGUAAGGGCUCCUCCAUCCAUCACUCCGCUUGAAAGAGGCUGCUAGUCUGUGGAUGGAUUUAACAAACUGAAACGGACAAAGACAGACAGAGAAACAUGAACUACUACCUCUCUUGAAUGAGUAGGACUGUGUGUGUGUGUGUGUGUGUGUGUGUGUGUGUGUGUGUGUGUGUGUGUGUGUGUGUGUGUGUGUGUGUGUGUACUUGUCAGUCUCCAGACUGAUAAUGUAGGACUCUAUGCACUGUGUAACUGGAGCCGUACGGGUCUACAAGCAGUCACUACGACUCAAACGAUCUCCAUCCUUUAUUUAAUUUAUUAACAUGAGUUCAAUGUUUUACUUAAUUUCAAACUAAUUACUACUAAUUUAAACAAGAGGUCAUCUUGCUAAGGGACCAUAUAGGUCAACAGUGUAAAUGAUGCUUGGAUUGUUCAGUGGAUCGUUUACUAUUUCAAACAGAUAUGUUCCUUCAAGCUAUGUCUCUGCUUUGCUUGAUCUGCUUAUUUUCAACAGAAUAUGCACAUUAGAAGGGCUUAGUUUUACACUAAUGCAUGACUGUGCCCUUUUCCAAAAACCCUCACCAUUACAGAGAAGAUUGUAUGACUGCCCCCUGGUGGCUGGGAGAUGUAAAACCGAAAAUAAAAACUGGACCCACAGUUUCCAUAUAUAUAUAUAUAUAUAUAUAUUUUUUUUUUUUUUAAUUAAUGUACAUAUAUCACUAUACAAUGUGCUAUAUUACCUUAGCAUUGAAUUACAGAAAACUAGUUAACACCGCUGCAAGUUUCUUUUGGGAAGUCAUAGAAAUGCUAUCAUGUUUUUUUCUUUUGCUAUUGGAGCAAAUGGGAAUGCAAAAAAUAUAUAUACUGUACUUUUAUGUUCACCACUAUAGAAGUUUACCCAACUAUGAUGACUUCUGCUUCUGAGAACCCCGGAAAUGUGAAAAGGGUCCAUGGAAAUCCAUCUCCAGAAGAAUACAAAGUAUUCCCUCUUUAGGCAUUUUCCGACUCAAUGUUUUCCUGCAGGGGCAAUGCCAAAUCUGAAAGAGGCCUUAAUAUGUUUUUCUCAUUCUGUCAGGGACUACAAUAUCCAUUUUAAUUUGGGAAUGAGUCUUCAUUAAACAAAAAGCCACCAGGAGGGCGUAUGUUUGUGUAUAUGUGUGUAUGUGUGCGCCUUUAUGUAUUAUUUCUCUAUUUAUGAAGUGAAUGUUGUGAAUGUAGCUUAUCAUUGUGCUUGAACCAGACAAUGUUUUUUUUCUACCGAGAGAUUUUAAAUGAGUGGUAAUAUUGUGUCUGAAAUGUGACUGUAGUGUACUGCAUAUCAAGAGCUCUUGGCUUUUUAAAAGAAAUAUGAAUAAAAUGUCUACAUGAGUAAUCGUGAA